AUGACGGCGGUCUACAUCAAGAAUCGCCUACCAUCGCCCAAGUGCCAAGAUCAAACCCGGUUCGAGAUUGUCAACGGAUUUCGACCAAGUGUGAAGCACGUGCGGGUUUUCGGCUGCCGAACGUUUGUGCUGACCCCUAAGGAAAAGAGAUCGAAAUGGGAUCCGAAGGCUCGUGUAGGACGAUUCAUGGGGUACGAAGAAGUGUCAAAGGCAUAUCGCGUUUACGACAUUGAAGCGGACCAAGUGGUGAUAUCUCGCGAUGUCACAUUCGACGAAUCAACGUUUGGUUUCUCGCCGACGCUACCACAAGAAAUUGUUGAUGACACUGCGCUGGAUGUCGAAUCGAUGAACACCAGCGACGCGCCUCACCCUAUGGAGUUCAAGCAAAUUGGAAAACGCAAAAGUCGUUCAAACGCCAAGAACAAGUUCUACAACGGACACUUCCUGAGCUUCGUGGAACCGGGUUCGAAGAAGCAAGUGUGGCAAAGUCACUACUCAAAUGUUGUACGAGGAUCGGUGGCCACAUCUUUAAAGCGCCGCUUACUGGUGGAAAAGGAGGCCAUGAGACUCGGCGAUCCAAUACGGAGGUGGAAGAUGAUCUUAACGGGAUCGGCGAACCGAUCCAACUGUCGUUAG